AUGAAUAAACAAGACCAUGAUAAAAGUGAGGGGUGGAAAGUCAUCAACAAUGCACCUAAUUUGGUGAAAGUUUUAAAUUCCUAUGGUCACAAUUCUUGUGCUCAAUCAUCAGGUCAAAAAAGAGAAAUUCCAGUUUCAUCAUCAGAUGAGCAGUAUAAUUUUCCAACUAAAGAAGAAUUUCUUAUCAAUUUAAUACAACAACAUCCCCAACAACAAGAACAACCUCAUCAACAACAACAAGAACAACCUCAUCAACAACAACAACAACAACAACAACAACAACAACAACAACAACAACAACAACAACAACAAAUAGAAAAAGUUGAUAGGGAUUUGGCAAUAAUUAAGGAAAUUGAAUCAGCAAAUGAAAGCUCACUUUUAAAACUAGAAAAAAAAACAGUAGCAAUCUAUUUCAAAACCUCUAUUUACAAAUUUGAAUUUUCUCAUGAAACAUUAGAUAAAACUAUUAAUGUCUUAUUAGGAGAAUUAAUGGUUAGCAGAAAUUGUAAAUAUAUAGAGGUGAUUGACAAAAAUGAAAAAGAAAAGAGAAAUGUGAUCCAUGAUUUAAUUGGUCCUGCCGUAUUCAAGAAUAUGGUAAUUAGAGAGAUCAUUUUAAGAUUUUAUUUUCAUAAAAGAGAGUUAGAAAUUUGUGAACAAGAUUGGUCAUCAAGUAUAGUACUAUAUAAAACAAUGAAUGAACAUAAAACAAUUUUGGAUAUUUUAAUACAGAUUUUACAUAACAUCCAGCUUAGAUGUGAAGUUAUUUAUGAAGGUUUACAGGUCGAUCAUCCUUUAGCCCUUGGCUUAGGCUCAUUCAUAGAAAAAUUAAAUCCAUAUAUCAAUGGCCUCAGAAAUAAUAAUGAAGAAGUGGAAAUCUUUAAUUCUAAUGAUUUUAAAGAAUUAAUUGAAUCAUUCAAAUUCGAGUAUAUAAAUUUAUCAAAAUCUGAAAAUUCAUGUGCUAAACAAUUAAUGAUGGAUUAUUUUAAAGAGUCAAAGAGAUAUUUAUUUUUAUUUUAUUUCUUUACAAUCAAUAAAGAUCAAAUCAAAAUGAGUUAUCAAUAA